AGCAUAAAAGGGCAGAAAGAGAGAGACGGAGCCGGAUUGUUGUGCGCUGUGGCCUGUGUGUGAGAGAGAUGCCGAAGAGAACAACCCACACGUAUUCGAGCGAGGAUGCUUUGCCCGACGGUCCAGACUCCGAUCUCUUUGUUUAUUACUGCAAACACUGCGGCUCUCAUGUUCUCAUCACCGAUACUCAAUUGCAGAAAAUGCCCAAGAGGAAGACUGACAGGGCCUAUGUUCUGGAUAAGAAGAAGCAUCUUACGAGGCUUAAUAUUAACGAGGCUGGCAAAGUUCUAUUAAAACGUGGCGAAGGAAAAUUGGAAAAGCAGUUCCGUAUGAAUUGUACUGGCUGUGGGCUGUUUGUAUGCUAUUGCCCUGAGGAAGAUCUAGAAUCUGCCUCUUUCAUGUAUGUUGUUGAUGGUGCACUAAGUUCGGUUGCUGCUGAAACCAACCCCCAAGAUGCCCCUGUUCCACCAUGCAUAUCGCAGUUAGAAGGUGGACUAGUUCAAGUGGCUAUUGAAGUGGAAGACCGAGCACAACGGUCUGCAGUCACAAGAGUAAAUGCUGAUGAUGUUCGCGUAACUAUAGCAGCGCCUGCAGCUCGUGGUGAAGCUAAUAACGAACUUCUAGAAUUCAUGGGAAAGGUGUUGGGUUUGAGACUAAGCCAGAUGACCCUUCAAAGAGGGUGGAAUAGCAAAUCAAAGCUCCUUGUGGUGGAAGAUAUGACUGCUAGACAGGUAUAUGAGAAACUUUUGGAAUCCGUUCAGCCUUGAAUAUGUGAAACUUCAGGAAGCUGUUUGUAUUACCCUUGUAACUUUUGGAAUCCGUUUAACCUUGAAACUGCUGGAUUAAUUGAUACCAAGUUUGUAUUAUCCUUGUAUCAUGUUUUCUCGCGAUUGCUGUUUUUGACAAUCCUUGAUUACAUGUUUUACUAUAAAUCAACUGUAGAAAUCCUAAUCAAUUGAGUUAUGGAUUAUGCCAUUUUGUUCAA